ACCCACAGUGAUCACCAAACAAACGGAAGGCAUGAUACUGCACAUCGCAAGAUGCCCGGAAUAGAACUGCCCAGCCUCGGAACUCAAGACGGACAGGAGCCAGCACUGAGCGAAGAAGAACUGAGCCAUCUGGCCUCAUCACUAGCCCUCGAAGCGAGCCUGGAUCCAGGACGAGAUGGGGAGACCAGACGACCGGCACCACCCUCCCAAGCAAACCCAGCUCUGUCGCAGGAGGAACAACAACAGCAAUCGAGCGACGAUCUGAUCCCCUCUGGGGACCCUUGUCAUCAUAACUUGAAGCUCAGGAACGUCUCCGUAGACUUACUCCAACGGAUCACCGCCCGCACCGUCCUCCAGUUCAUCCUCUCCUUGCUCGACGGCGAAGAUCUCGCUCACUUUGUCCGUUCACCGUCUGCCUCUCUGCCAACUACUCUCGCCUACUCCCCCACUCGCCAUUCCGUCAUCUCGUCCGUCUCCAAAAAUCGGGAUUCGUUCGCCAGACAGGCUCGCUCUGAAACUCAACUUAUCAUCGCUCAAUCCUUAUUGAUGACCCGGGCCCAGAUCCUAGAAGAAUUCGAAUCCGACAUGACAGACCGCAAUCCAGAAGAAGACAACCAUCAAGAUGAAGCAGAAACACCAAAAGAAGAAAACGAGGCAGAAGGAAGGAGAACCACACUGGAGGAAAGAUUGAACGAACAAAACGUCUCAAGGAUAGUCGAAGACGAAUUAAAAGACCUGAUCCGACAGAAAUUCACAGACUAUUCACAUCCGUUCAUCGAUCAUCAGGCGGCCUUUGAGCGCUCGAUCAGUCUGGUUCAGGCUUCCGAGCUCAUCAGUUUCUCCGCUCAAGUCUUGUCUUGGAACAGGCUAUUCGAUCUUCUCUUUUCUUCUCACUCCGGUUCUAAUCCUCCUUGCCAAUGAUCUUCCUGUAAAUUAUAAGCAUCUCCUUGUGUACAUUUGUUGAUCUGUCUAUUUCUGAUUUUCCAGUUUUCUCUGUGAGUGUGGGUUUUGCAGAUGAGAAUUGUGAAAAAAAAAAAAACGAAUCCAUUCGUAAAUUGCCCCACUGGACAAAUUCCCCCGAUAACCUUCAAAGUUUGCCAAGUCUUCUAUGUCAAAAUGACAUCCAACCAAAAGAAAUCAGC